ACGUUCUUUUUCCACGAGAAGACAAAAAGAAAAGGCGCAUUUACGCAUCCCGGCGCACAGUAGCCUCAGCCGUCAGAACAUGCCUCCCUCCUCCUCCUUCUCCUCCUCUGCCACUCUGCCAAAACCCAAAACCGCCAGGUCUCUUCGACUCCACCAACAGAGAUGGACUCAAGAACUCCGCCUCCCAAAAGAGUUAGCAAAAGGCCCCUGACGGAUUUUUACUCUGAUCUACCCAAAAAGAGGAUUAGCGAUGGUCGAGAUGCGGGUUCUGCUCAUAAGAAGCAAGCAUACUCUGAAAUGUUUAAAAGGAAGGAAUGCCAAGUUCUUAGGAUAUGCAGCCGUGAAGAUGAGGAUGGAGAUCCUGACAUGGUGGUCAGUUUUCGAGUUCUUAUGCCUAAUGGCACGACUUUAGAGAUGAAAGUAGGGCGAGAUAAAAAUGAAAUGUCGCUUUCUCAACUGGUGGAUGCUAUAAAGACAGAGUACAUGGCCUUGAAGGGAAGAACAUGGUCGCAAAAGAGGCAGAUUAAUUGGAACAGUCCAAGCUUGUAUAUUUUGGAUCCUCUUGACAGGAAGAUUAAGGGAAUUGAUCUCAGGAAGUUGAAUCCGAGAAAGACUUAUAUGUUAAGGCUUCAUGAUGGAUCAGUUGAGGCAGAUAUAUUUGAGAAUAUGUGGGAUCUCACUCCAGAUACUGACUUACUAAAGGAGUUGCCUGAAGAAUACACAUUUAAGUCUGCCCUUGCUGACUUAAUAGAUAAUUCAUUGCAAGCUGUAUGGUCUAAUCCUGAAAAAGAAAGGAGAUUAAUCAGUGUGAAGUUGUCCAAAAACAAGAUAAUAAUAUUUGACACGGGCCCGGGAAUGGAUGGAAGUGUUGAAAAUUCUAUAGCAAAGUGGGGAAAAAUGGGGGCGUCCCUACAUCGGUCGUCAAAAGGAAAAGCCAUAGGAUGCAAACCUCCCUACCUAAAGCCUUAUUUUGGGAUGUUUGGAUAUGGAGGGCCUAUUGCAUCCAUGCACUUGGGACGAAGAGCCAUUGUCUCUUCCAAGACAAAAGCAUCAAAGAAAGUGUAUAUAUUACAUCUAGAGAGAGAUGAUUUACUCAACUGUUCAUCUUCAGAGAACACAUGGAGGACUAAUGGUGGCCUAAGAGACCCCUUUGGUUACGAAGUUCAAGAGUCACCCCAUGGGAGCUUCACUAAAGUGGAGAUUCUAGAGCCAAAAAUGAGAUGUGAAGAUAUAAAGAUACUGCAAGGGAAACUAAAAGACAUUUACUUUCCUUAUAUUCAGUGUGAUGAAAUAUCUGAAACAGGAAGAACUGCAAUGCCAACAGAAUUUCAGGUCAAUGAAACUAACUUGGCAGAAAUCUUGAGUGGAGAAGUGGCUCUUACGAACCUGUUCUCAUGUAAUGGUCCCGACUUUACAUUGGAACUGCAUUUCACUUCAGGCACCAGUUCUAUAGGAGGACAUCACGAAGCAAAUGCUCGCCUAAAGUGUGUUUAUUUUCCUGUAAUUCAGGGUAAAGAAAGCAUUGAAAAGAUAAUUGAAAAUUUAAAACAGGAAGGAUAUGAGACUCUAGAGAACUUUGAAAGUUUUAGCCGUGUUUCUGUUCGGCGCUUGGGUCGCAUGCUUCCAGAUGCUCGCUGGCCACGGCUACCCUUCAUGGAACCCAAACAAAGAAAAGCAGAUUCAUUUAAGAGAUGCUGGUUUAGAGUAAAAUGCUUUGUUGAUACUGAUGCAGGUUUCAACCCCACACCAGCCAAGACAAACUUAGCACAAUGCAAUCCUUUUACCAUUGCACUUAAGCAGUUUGGCAACAAACCGUGUGAGAAAGAUGUACAUAUUGAAAUUUGCAAGGAUGGAAAACCCCUUUCUCUUACACAGCUAGAGAAGGUAUACCAUGAUUGGGUUUUGAAUAUGCACAAUAGAUAUGAUUGUGAAAUUGAAUCAGGCGAUGAUCAGCCUAUCAUUGUAUUAAGCUCUGAAAACAGAAAAGAACUAGGCACUUCAUCUGAUGUCCUGCGGGUUCAUAGAGCUUUCCAGAGGAAAGGAAUCACCUGGAAAUCCGGACAGAAAAUUAAAAUCCUGAAGGGAGCGUGCCCUGGUUUUAACAGAACAAACAUUUUUGCCACUCUAGAGUUUAUUAUACUCGAAGGAUGUGAAGGUGAUGGUGGUGAUGCUUGGAUUGUAUGCAGGCAAUUGGGAGUUCACCCUGAGGAUGGUUGCCGACUUUCUUUGGAUAAAGAAAGCCCUCACCUAGAUCUACGUGGAUCUAAAUCUUUACCAUUCAGUGUCAUUGAUUCUGAUAAGUGCAUACAAGUUGAUGACACCGAGUGGGAGCGCCAGCUUGAUAAAUACCAUCAAGAAAAAACCCCAUCCUCAAUUGAAUUAUUGGAUGCCAAAGAUUUUCCAGACUUGAAUGUUGAUGAGACACUGCCUCACGAUGUAGUUGAUGCUGGUCACGACCCUCCAGAGGAAAUCCAUGCAAUUGUUCGUCCAUCGUCCUUCAAAUCUGCUGUGGCUUCUAAGAAAUUGGACCAAAAAAUGAAGUUGCCAGAGUUAUUUCACAAAGCUGGAGUAUAUUCUUUUCUAUUUUCACUUAACCAAACUACUUGUGGAACUUAUGAAAGAAAAGUACACGUACGAGCUUUGUCGGAGACUGGAAGUUGGGGUCUUUCAAGUAAAAACAGUGGGAAAUAUAAAACAAGGGUUGGUAUGCGUGAACUUCCACCUAUCUAUAUUGCAUGUUAUGACAAAUACAUGAACAGCAUUCAGUUCAAGCCCUUUUCUGAUGUUGAGGUCAAGCUUCACUCUGAAAGGGGUGAAUUUGCUCAUGAUUAUUCUAUGGAUGUAUAUAUUUCGAAAGAUAAACUCACUUUAACUGUUAAGGGUUUGGUUUUCGAGUCCAGUGAACUAGACAAGAUUGGACCAAGCUAUGAAACUACCUUGUCAAUAGGUUCGAAGGAUGAGCCAUUUUCUGUACCCAUUCAAGUUCAGGUUUUGCCUGGGCCGCCACACCAUGUGAGUGUCCAUCCACUGAAAUUAAGACAUAAAUUCAUUCCUGGCACGUUAAUCUCAGAGCUCAAAUUGGAGCUGUUUGAUGAAUAUAAUAAUCAUAUCCAAAAAGAAGAAGAAAUCCAACUGCUGAUGGAUGGAUUCUGUGCUCCAAACUCUAAAAGGUGUCUUUUAUUUAAGGUUGAUGAAAAUGGGUGUAUAAACCUUGGUGGCAUACUUAAAGUUACAGCAGGAUAUGGUAAAACAGCAUCUCUUUCUGUUUUCUCUGGCGAAGAAGCAAUUUUCAAGAAAGAUUUUCAAAUUGAAAAGCGAGAGCUACGUGUUGCAUCAGAGAUACCUGAAUUUUGUGUUCCUGGUUCUCAUUUGGAGAAUGUCGUAUUUGAAGUCAUAGAUUCUGAAGGUGAAGUUGAUGAAAGUAUCCAUGAUGAUGAAAAAAACGUUCAACCCCACACACUUAUUAUAAAAUCUGAGUGGUCAAAUAUAGAUGAAAAUGUAAGAUACAGCUUCCGGCAUGGUCGCUGCACAGUCUGUAGCAUCUCUCUCCCAGAGGUUGAAGGGAAAUUCCAAUUCCUAGCCGUUCAUUCUCGUCACUUGGAACUGCAGUUGUGCAUAGAGGUGAAUACAAAAAAUGCUGCAAAACUUCCCUCUGGAAAUCUGCAAUCUCAUAAUCCAGUGAAAUCAAUAUUAGAAGUAGUGGAGGCUGAACAGUUCCAGUCUCAAACAGCAGAUCUUGCUUUAUCAGAAAUCCUCCCCCAAGCAAGUUCCAAUGUUAGAUCAUGAUGAAGCUUUCUAUGAGUAUUCAGAUUUUAAAAUUCAAGAGCUUGCUGCUUCCAGAGGUCUAGAAAGUGAAGAAGAGUUCAUAACUAUUCACAAGAAGCUUGAAGAUGCUGUUUGCCAUUAUGCUCAACUCUGUGGACAGUGUGAAACGGAACUCCAAGUUCUUGAUUCCAAGCAAUCGAAUAUUAGACUAGAUAUUUUCAAUUUGGAAGGAAUUAAUCAUUGAGCAGAUUUGUUAUACGAAUGACUCAGCUGCAGCCAUUA